CUGUAGCCCACUGAUAUACAUUAUAAUGUUGUUUAAAAUCUCCCCCAUGUACGACAUUUAGUAAAUACAGUUCUUACAUUUAGGAUACAAACAUUUUCUUUUUUCGUUAAAAAAAUGGAUUUAAAGUUAAUUAGGAUUACAUAUAUAUGGAUGUUUUUCAGUUAUUCUAUUAUAAUUCAACAGUGCCAUGCUAACGAUGUAGAAGGGGAUAAUCAAUCAACAUCAGAAAUAGAACACAUUCAAAAUAAUAAGACAGAACAUAAUUCAGACAACACUUUAAUGAAUAUAACCACCAGCAUAAAUUCAACGCAUGCGUCAACUGAAAAUGAUACUGUAGAAAUGCAGAAUGUGGAAAAUAAUUCAGAACAGCUAUCUUAUAACAGUAGUGCGGACUUAAACACACCCGCUAUGACCACUGAACCCAUGUCAACGUUGUUGGUAUCUGAUAGUUCUGAAAUUUCGAUUAAAAAAACAACGGUUUUGGAUAUAUUGAAUAAAUCUCUGGAAUUAAUACUAGAUCAUUUACGGAAUGUGACCUCAUCUAGCGCAACAACGGAAACUCCCAAAUUAACAACUGGAUCUUUUGAGAAUAAAACAUCGGAGAUUGAGAUAAAAUCCAAUGAAACACAAAUACAAGAAUCGACGACAGAAGCAAGUAAUAAAACUAUUGGGAGUGAAACAAAGACUAAUGAAACACAAAUACAAGAGGCGACUACAGAAGGAAGCAAUAAAACAACAGUUGAACAAAAUGUUUUGUAUACAACAGAAGAGCAAGGGUCUACUAAAAUAUCAGAUGUAGACAAAAAAAUUAUGGGCGGAACUAAUGCAACAACCGAAACCAAUAGGACGAACGAAAUUAAUGCAAAUAAUACGAAUCUUUUAAAUAACAGUCGAAUCAAUUCGGUAUUGAAUGAGAGUUUACCGAAGUUAGACUUAAUGGCAACGACGGCUGUUGUGAUCAAUACUAGCAAAGUCAGUGAACACAAUGCUCAAACGACGCAAUCGACUCCAAUAAACAAUAUCACUGCUCCUUUGUUAAAUCAAACUGACCAAUCCUCUCUUAGAAUAACAACAAUUGGUGAAAAGGAAACUCGUAAUACGAUAGAACCAUCGCAAUCAUUGGAUAAGACAAAGACAACAACAAAGACACCUGUAACUAAAGUUACAAUUUUAAAAAUAGUAGCUACAGAAACAUUUAAAGGAACUUCAGAAAUAGAUGUAAACAGUAUUAAACGUACAGACACACCUACGUUAAAAACCACACCAAAAUUUUCCACUGAACAAUCGACAACAUUUACAACAAAAGCAGGAAUACAAAUAUUGGUGACUAUGAAUAAUGAAAUAGCAACCAAACCAUCUUCACAGAAAACAAUUGAAAAAGAUAUGUACAAAACUGCAGAAAUAGGAGGCAUUACUGAGAACUGGAUGGAGUUCAACAUAAGUGGUUUUGGUGUCAAUGCUAACCUAGAAGUCCACAACCUUGGAGACAAAGAAGACGACCGAUACUGGCCUGUGGUUGUGGCAGUGACCAUUGGGAUUCCCGCCAUAAUAAUUAUUGGUGUAACCAUCAUUGUAAUGCAUAGAAAAAGGUUAGGACGAAGAUCACUCUCUAGACCAAACAAACUUGCUUAUGCUUAAAACCAAUGCUUUACUGGGUUGAAAACUUGAAAAGGCACGACAGGCCUUCAGUGGAUACAGCUAUAUCACACCUCCGAGGGAGUAUGAUGUAUGAGCGAUCGUCUGGAGCUAUUUAUUUGGUGACGCAAUCAUUAACUGUUGAUACGAAAGCAUAAAUGAGGAGCAUAAUCUCAGAAUCUUUCAUACACACACACACACGUGUAUACAAAUGUUUUUUACACAUCAAGGAUUCAUCAAGGUCAAUGUUGAUGGUUAUAGCUUUUAUAUGCGAAUAAUAGUUUGUUUGUUUAAAAUGUAUAACCAAACUUGACCUUAGAUUACUUAGGCUAAAUGUGUCGCCCCUUUUUGGUCAUAUAGCUCCUAACGUUUCUUCGUAUUUGUAUUUCCAUGGUUUUCAAAUGCUUACUAAACAAUUUCUCAAUUUUAAAAUGAGGCACAUUUUUGGCAGUUUAGUGACAUUAUCAAGAGGUUUGAAGCCCUAAAGUUUAUAUUUAAAAUACAAUUGAAAAAUAAAUAUACCCUUAUAUCCGGCAAAACUAAAACUAGGCCAUAUCUGAAGCAUGUUAUAUAUAUUGUUUUUAGUGGAUUUAUAAGGCAUAUGUAUGUGCUCGGUCCCUUAAAAAUCCAACUGGUGGUGUAUAUAAGUGCAAUGUAAGUACCCAAACGUCUCCAUUUUUCAUCUUGAUUUUCGUUUAAAAGUUUAUUGCACAUUUUUGUAUGUUUAUGUUACU